AUUCGUUGAUGAAAUGGUUACAAUAGUAGUGGCACCACCCUAUCCUAACUUAUUCUAAGCACCUAAAAUUUCCUCCCAAUCCUCGUUCCAAACAGCACUUCAUCUUCUUCCUGAAAAUGGCAUCCUCUCUUAAUGCGAACCUCAGUCAGCCUUCUCUCAGUUGCGGAGCCAAACUUUAUUCAGGAUUGAAGCUUCAAUUUCCAAGUCUGUAUGCAACUGGGAGACCUAAUUUAACUGCAGAGUUUUAUGGAAAGGUUAAUAAGAGCCUUCAAUGCGGGACUCGUAAUCAUAAACCAACACGGGCAGCAGUUAAAAUGAUGCCUAUAGGGACUCCCAGGGUGCCCUAUAGAACUCCUGGGGAGGGAACCUGGCAAUGGGUUGAUAUAUGGAACGCCCUAUAUCGAGAGCGUAUUCUCUUCAUUGGACAAAAUAUAGACGAAGAGUUUAGCAACCAAAUAUUGGCCACAAUGUUAUACCUUGACACAAUUGAUGAUUCCAAAAGGAUGUAUUUAUAUAUCAAUGGUCCUGGUGGAGAUCUUACUCCAAGCUUGGCCAUAUAUGACACUAUGCAGAGCUUGAAGAGUCCUGUUGGUACCCACUGUGUGGGAUUUGCCUAUAACCUAGCAGGCUUUCUUCUUACAGCUGGGGAAAAGGGAAAUCGCUCUGCAAUGCCUCUUUCAAGAAUUGCUCUACAAUCACCAGCUGGGGCUGCUCGGGGUCAGGCUGAUGACAUUUGUAAUGAAGCAAAUGAGCUUCUUAGAAUCAGGGACUAUCUUUACAAUGAGUUAUCUAAGAAAACAGGACAGCCUUUUGAAAAGAUUAGCAAAGACUUGAGCAGAAUGAAGCGCUUUGAAGCCCAAGAUGCCCUUGAGUAUGGUCUCAUUGAUCGCAUAAUCAGGCCACCCCGAAUAGAUGCUGAUGUAGGUCCCAGUGAUGCAUCAGCAGGUCUUGGUUAGUGUAUAUGAUGGUUGUUAUUAGCCGAUGGGCAUUAUAAACUACCAAAAUGUUCUGUCUGCUUGUACAACUAGCUAUUUAAUUCAGAAUUGUUUGAAUUUACAA